CAGGGCCAAGGCAGCCCAGCAGACAUGAACUUGGGAGGCAGCGUGAGCCUCACGCAGGGGAGCAAACCCUGAGUCCCACCCAGUGGUUCUAGAAGAAUCAAGCCUUAAAGCACAUCUGGUUCCCUGCGUCACUUACCUGCACCCUUCCACCCUGGGGCUCAGAGUCCAGUGCCUUAGCUCAGAGGAGCUCGAAAGCAAUCAUGAGCCACACACGCUUGCUGCUGUUGCUCUGCAGCCUGGCUGGGAGCACUUGGAGCAAGGCGGCCAGUACCAACCCAAGGCUCAAGCUCUCCUUCUCAGAGUUAAAGGCUCGCCACGGGCUGCGCACCCAUGAGCUGGAACACUCCUGCUGCUACGACACACUGCUCUUGGAUGAGGAACGUGGCUGCCUCUUUGUAGGAGGCAAGAACCACCUGGCGUCCCUGAGUCUGGACAACAUCAGCAAGCAAGACAAGAAGAUAUACUGGCCAGCACCUGUGGAGUGGAGGGAGGAGUGCAACUGGGCUGGCAAAGACAUCAAUGCUGAGUGCAUGAACUUCAUCAAGAUCCUGCAUCUCUACAACCGCACUCAUCUGUAUGCCUGUGGCACGGGCGCCUUCCAUCCCACCUGUGCCUUUGUGGAAGUGGGGCAGCGCAUGGAGGACCCUGUCUUUAAACUGGACCCUGCGGCCACAGAGGAUGGCAAAGGGAAGAGCCCCUAUGACCCCCGGCAUGUGGCCGCCUCAGUGCUCGUGGGUGAGGAGCUGUACUCUGGGGUGGCCACUGACCUGAUGGGCCGUGACUUCACCAUCUUCCGCAGCCUGGGCCCACGCCCGUCCAUCCGCACUGAGCAGCAUGACUCCCGCUGGCUCAACGAGCCCAAAUUUGUGGAUGUGUUCUGGAUCCCUGAGAGUGAGAAUCCUGAUGAUGACAAGAUCUACUUCUUCUUCCGGGAGACAGCGGUGGAGGGGCAGCAGGGGCUGGGCAAGUCCAGCUUUGCCCGCAUCGGCCAGAUCUGCAGGAAUGACAUGGGUGGGCAGCGGAGCCUAGUGAACAAGUGGACAACAUUCCUGAAGGCCCGGCUGGUGUGCUCUGUGCCAGGCAGUGAUGGAAGCGACACCUACUUUGAUGAGCUGCGUGACGUCUUCCUGUUGCAGACCAAGGACAAGCGCAACCCCCUGCUUUAUGCCGUCUUUUCCACUUCCAGCUCAGUGUUCAAGGGCUCCGCUGUUUGCCUGUACACCAUGCAUGACAUCCGCAGAGCCUUCCUGGGACCCUUCGCACACAAGGAGGGCCCCAACUACCAGUGGGUGUCCUACCAAAGCCGCGUGCCAUACCCCCGCCCUGGAAUGUGCCCCAGCAAAACCUUUGGCACCUUCAGCUCCACCAAGGAUUUCCCCGACGAUGUGAUCCAGUUUGCUCGCAACCACCCACUCAUGUACAACCCCGUGCUGCCCCAUGGCCAGCGGCCUGUCUUCCUGCAGACCAACGUAGACCACACCUUCACCCGCAUUGCUGUGGACCGGGUGACUGCUGCUGAUGGGCAUUAUGAUGUCCUUUUCAUUGGCACAGAUGUGGGCACAGUGCUUAAGGUGAUCUCUGUGCACAAGGAGAGCUGGCAAAAUAUGGAGGAAUUGCUGCUGGAGGAUCUUCAGGUGUUCAAGUAUCUAUCUACAGGCAAUCUACUGUGUGUACUACAACAAUCUUGUCUCUGCACCAGGGAUCAUGCCCACGAUUCGUCCCCUGUCACCAGCAUGCAGAUCUCAUCCAAGCGGCAACAGCUCUACCUCGGCUCCAGGACGUCCAUUUCCCAGCUGCCCUUGCACCGCUGCGGGAUCUAUGGGAAAGCCUGCGCAGAGUGCUGCCUGGCCAGAGACCCCUACUGUGCCUGGGAUGGCACCACCUGCACUCGCUACAUGCCCAAUACUAAGAGGCGUUUUCGGCGGCAGGAUGUCAGGAACGGGGACCCCAACAUGUUAUGCUCAGAAGAUCCUCACCGCAGCAGUGUGCUGGAGAAGAAGCUAUAUGGGGUCGAGGGCAGCAGCACCUUCCUGGAAUGUGUACCCAAGUCCCUGCAGGCCCAGGUGGUGUGGACCUACCAGAAAGCAAGUGACACCCCGAAGAAGGAGGUUCAGCUGGAUGAGCGGGUGGUGAAGACUGACCGAGGGAUCCUUAUCCGUAGUGUCCUGCACAAGGACACUGGGCUGUACCACUGCCAUGCCACAGAGCACGGCUUCACCCAGAGCCUGCUGCGUCUCUCAUUGGAGGUGAUUGGUGCACAGCAGGCUGACUCGCUGUCCUAUUCCUGGGAGGAGGAGCCCUCAGAGCCUGCCAGCCACAAGCUGUGGUACCGGGACUUCCUGCAGCUGGUGGACCACCCCAACCUGAGCACGGUUGACCAGCUUUGCCAGCAGUUGUGGAGCCGCAAGAGCCACCAGCCCAAAAAGAAGCCCCCACUGCCCCCACCCCUGAGUGUCAAGGCCAAAAACCACAAGUGGAAGCACCUGGAGGAGAAGCGCAAAGCCCGCAGCCGGCGGACUCAUGAGGUGCCUCGAGCAGAGAGAGGACCCCGCAGCGCUGCCGUGUGGUGACCCACUGGGGCCAGGAGAGCACAGCCAGACUUCUGUUAGGAGAGGGUGUGUUUCAGAGCCAGGACAGCUCCCAGAAAUCCCAGCCAGGAAUCUACUAGAAUGUUUUUAACCUUUUGGGGAUGAUGAGAUUGAACCCGGUUUGGUGCCAAACAGCCGAGAGGUGAUGAAAGCACCCCUUAGAUCCACUGCGACUAACUGUAGUGACACAUUCCCUCGGAGCUGUACAUGUGGCUCAUCUGGAAGGCAGCAAGAUGGGAGGAAGACGUAGAAGAGCAAGUGUGAAGAAAGUGAAGGAAGGCUGCUGCUCCAGGUAGGAUGUGUGAGUGCAGCCCUGGCAGCCUGUGCUCAGCUCCAUGGACACAGUUAGGGCAUGAAAGGAGAGCGGGACAGACAGAACUGGACACCCCAGCGGGCUUGUACUAAAUUAACACAAUAAAAGCAGUUGAUUAAUCCGCGGCCUCCUGCUUUUGAGAAAUCAAUGAAAGUCUCCUCCCUGUCCCGCGACUAGAUCCCCACUGCCUCAGUCUGAGAUAGCAAUCCUGGCAUGUGGCUUAUGCAGCGACCCAGAGGCAUGACCAUAGAACACAGAGCAAUUCAGUGGGUGGCAAAGGUAACCCACACUCUGUCCCUCCCAAGCAGUUGGGGUACAAAAAGGAUGAGGAGCCCCUGAUAGUGGAGCUGGAACCAGUGGGCAACAUGCCUGGAGUGCAGGAGACUUGACAGGUAGAGCUGGAAAGAGUAGGGGUUUACUGGGGGCCUAUGCCUCUCUAGCUCUGCAAGGGCACUCACAGGCCUUGCUGGAGGAGGCAGAGUGCAAUGCACAUUGGACAUGAGAUGGCACCAGUCUCUGGGGUCUGCCUACAGCCUGGAUUCCUGCCCAAGGACAGGACACUCGCUGACACCCCUGGUGGUGGCAGCAGACCCUCCUGCCUUCCGCAAGAUUCUGCUCUGAGGGUAAGCCUGUUCUGAUUGGCUGUCUUUCUUACUGCCCCACCUCCUAGGUCUCUGCAGUCAAUCAGGGUUGCUCUGGAGUCAGCACCAGUGCAUCCAACCUGCCCUGUGAGAGUAGGGCCUAUUGCUGAGGGGUGCGGGGAGGGCAAGAAGAGCCUCACAGCUUGGGGCAGCUCUGCGUGCUCCUGGUGCCCCUGCCUGCUUGGGAGGGGGAGGAUGAAGCACCCCUGGAACUGCUCCUCCCAGGCUGUGGGGGGAGAAUUGCCCCAAGAAGGCAGGAAGGAGGCUGGGGCAAGCUGAUGGAGGCUGGGCUGCCAUGCAUGCCCCCUGGGGCCAGGGGCACAGGGUUGGAGGUGGUGUCAGAGGCAGCCCUUCAGUGCUUCUGUAGCAUGCAGUGGCUUUUGUGAUGCUUAGUGUGCUUAGCCUACACCACCGGAUGCCACUGGACACUUCCAUGGGGUGAAUUAGUGGAUGAAAAUGGAGGCCCUGGGCGUGCUGGGUCUAAGUUGGUAGUUGCAGAGUGGUGGGUGUUAGGGUGUAGGACAGGGUUGUAGGGUACUGGGCAUGGGAGUUUGAGUGGGGGUUGGGGCCUGAAUUGUUGGGGAUCACUAUGCGGCUGAGUAACCUCCAGUUGCCCCGAUGGGUCCCCUAAGCACUGGGCCCUGGAAGCAGUGGAGGAGAUUGACUUAUUGGCCCAACACCAGGUGGGAAAGCUGGGUUUCAAGGGGCCAGUGUCUCUCUUUGCCUACCAGCCGGCUGGUUCCGAUCAAUCAUUUACAACAGCAUCAAUGCCAAUGCCUUUUACCCAGAGUUGGAAGUUGGAGGACUGUGGUGUCUGUUCUUCCUUGCCUCUCCGGCCUGGCCAUGCCUUCCCUCUGUCAGCCAUCAGAGGGAGCACCACAGCUAUGCUCAUCAGGCAGGCAGGGACAGGUCUGAGGAGCAGUGGGCACUGCCAGGGGGAAGAUUUGUCAUCUGUGCAGACCUACCACUGAUCAGAUGAGCCAAGCUGUGGUCACCACCCAACACCAGAGCUCAGAGCUUCUGCAGUGAUGGGGUGGAUUGGGGAGGAAGGAGCAGGGGGGUUUGCACUGUUCUCAGGCCCCAGUGAAAGGAGCCAGUGUGAUUAGUAGGGUUCUGUGAAAUUUCACCACCAGUUUUCACCAGGCAAAACUCGUAACAUGGGUGCUUGUGCAACUAGUGCCUCUCAUCAGGCAGCAGGACUGAAGAUC